UGAAAAAGCAGCACAACUCUGAAAGAACUUCACUUCUCUGUUCAUCUUUCAUGGUGUGCUGUAAGAUCUGAAGAAAAGAGUUUCUGCCUCUCCUGACACACAGAGAUGGCUGCAGCUCUGACUGUCCUUCUCAUCGGCUGUCUGCUGCAAACUGCCCUGUGUGGACGGACUGAGGUCUUUAUACCACGGACUAUAAAAGUCCUGAGUGGAUCCUGUGUGACCAUCCCCUGCUCCUUUGAUGUAGAGGACCAGUAUAUCUCACGUAUUGAUGGAACAUGUGGAGCAAUGUGGAAAUCUGAUAAACAGACUGUUGUGUUUGACAGCAGUAAUCCACAAUCAAGUGCAAUACAAGGAGAACUGAAAGGAGACUUGACAAGAAGAGACUGCAGCACAACCCUGAACAACAUGAGACCUGAGCACAGCAAUGAAUAUUUAUUGAGAGUGCAAUGUGAUGUGUUCAAAAAUAAUUUUCUUGACCAGAAGUUGCACAUUUCAGUCACAGAUGAUCCACCCACACCGACUCUGACUCCGUCCACACUGAAGGUGGAGGAGGGAACCUCAGUGAGUUUGAAGUGCUCUGCUCCAGCUCCCUGUCUGUCUCAUCCUCCAGCUCUGACAUGGACCUCCAGCCUGGGUCACAUUCAGGACUCACUGCAGGAGAAUCAGGACAGAACUAAAGUCCAGACCUCUGUUCUGACCUUCACUGCUUCUCGCCUUCAUCAUGGAAAGAUAAUCUCCUGUACUGCAGUCUACAGCAAACAAGAUGGCCGCUCUCAGUCAGUUAGCACAAGUUUGACAGCUGAUGUUUCAUACUCACCCAAACACACCACAGUGUCAGUCAGUCCCUCUGGUCCAGUACCAGAGAACAGCAGAGUGACUCUGACAUGCAGCAGUACUGCCAACCCUGCAGUAAAGAACUACACCUGGUACAGAGCUGACAGAGGUCAGGAGACUGUCAUGGGGACUGGACAUGUUUUAAACAUUAAAGCUUCCAGAGACAGUGGUCCUUUUUUCUGCGAGGCAGAAAAUGCUAUUGGAUCUGGACGGUCCAACAUCAGUCAAAUAGAUGUUCACUUUGCUCCACAGAUCCUGUCCUCAUAUGGCUGCAUUCAAACUGCAGACCAGCUCAACUGUUCCUGUGAGACUGUGGGGAAUCCUCCUCCUGCUCUACAGUGGUAUUUGGAUGGGUUACCUGUCAAUCACUCUGACAGGUUUGCAAUCAGCAGUGAGCCUCUAAACGUCUCAGGUCUGAGGAGCAUCAUCACUGUGAGUCAACCACAACAGAGGGAUCUUUCCACUUUGCUCUGCCACAGCUCCAACUCCCUGGGAUCAACUACUCAGAGAUUUUUUGUCUACAACCUUCAGCCUCAAAUAUCUGCAAAACAUCAAGACUUCGUGAUGUUGCUAGUGUUCAUCACCAUAAUUGUGGCGCUAUUUCUAGUAAUAUGUGGUCUGCUGUUGGUCAUCAGGGCUCAGAGGACUCACCAGGUCGUUCAUAAGAGCACAGGUGCUAUGAGCCAAGUUCUCACAAGUGGAGAGGCAAAUGAGGAACCCAAUGCAGAAGAAGAGGCCAUUUAUAUCAAUACCAACGAGGCGAGACAGGGAGGUGUCGCCGAACCUGCAGCCAAAUCCGAGCCAAACAGCGCCAACUUGCCCGGUGCUGGGCCAAACAAUGCAGAGGGAGCUGCUGAAGGCUCAGAGAAGAAGAAGGAGGAGGGCAGUGAUGUGAUUUACUCUACUGUGAAUUGGAAAACCAAGAGCAAGAAGAAGAAGGAAGAAGACUCUGUGGACAAGGGUCAGCCUGGUAACUCCUACCUUGAGGAGGAGAGGUGCGCAGUGGGAGCAAUGAGCAGAAAUUUUGUCAGUGAUGCACUUGAGAUGGGAAACCUAUACGAUGAAUUCCAGCCUGGACCGGAGAAUAAGGCAGUGGAAUGUGAAUAUGCCCAGGUUAAAUUCAAAAGGAAGAGUGUUUUGCGCAAAUAGAUCACAGGUCACUAUAUUGUUGUGCAAGUUAUUUUUCCAGAAUGCUGAAUUUUUUGUUGCUUUGAAACGUAAAUUUAGAUUGAACAGAAUCACGUCCCCUUGUUUUUUUAUUUAGUUUAUUUGGGUUUUUUGAAUUUUGACAGUUUUGGGUCACUUCAUAUGUUUGUGCAUGAUGUAUUAUACUUUCACAUUAUAAUAGUGUUUAACAUGUGUACAUUGAGAUAUACCCUUCUAUUUUGCAUAUAUUUUGGCAUGAUUUGUUUAUGACAACAAUAUAGAAAAUAUGUUUUGUUUUUUCAAAUGUAACAGUCUAUGUUCUUAUUUACGUGUAUGCUUGCAUGUAUUUCAUCUUUCAAGCCAACGGCAGAAUGUUCCUAUCAAUCUUUAGUUGUAUAUUUUAUGUACAUUUUGCAUCUUUUAUUGCCAUUUAACUCUUUUCACAGUGGUAAAAAAUACUGAAAAAGGCACUGGGGCUGUCCUAAGUUGAACAAUGUUUCUUAGUUAUGAAACUGUGCUUGUUUGUGCUAUACAAGGACUUGUUUUGUGUAUGUACAUAGUAUGCCUAUAAGCUACAGCAGAGGACCCUAUUAUCACAAAGUGUGCAAGACAAUGGAAAGAGAAACAAACUUACAUAGUCUGUUUAUGUCUCCGGUAUAAGGAAGUGGAAACCUCAUCCUAAAACCUCAUUAAUUCUUCCUUAUACAAAUUACCUUCACAGUAGUGUACAACACUCUGUUGAGUGUUUAGUAUACCAGAUUUUAGAAACAGGCAAGAGAGCCUCUCCUUUAGUCUCUGUCAUCGUUGAGGCUGACUGCUUAAAAUGACCUCAACAAGUUUCCUGUUUGAGACUGAAUAGAGCAGAGGGUGUGCAGAGGGGAUUGGGUGAUGGUUACUGGUGGACCUGAGCACAGUAGCAAACCAGUGGACCAUCACAGAGACAUUCAUGCAGCAGCUCAUCUGGCACGGUAAGCCCUCUUGUCCAUAUCUAUCAAAAGACAUUUUUUAAUCAAGACUAUUUUUCGAAUUCCCAAAACUACUUUUACAGUACAAACUUUCUGAUGGCAUGUUACAGAUUAAUGGUGAAUGCCAGCUAUCAACUGAAAGUCAAGCCAGCCUUUUAUGUAUGACAUCUGCUCACUGUUUCCUGCACCAAGGUACAAAAGAGCAUUGUAAUGUAUAGAAUUUAUACAACACAAAAUCACAAUAAUCUAACUCUAGUUACAUUGUUACAGCUGUUUCAGACUGAACGGUGUACAGCGACUACUUUCUUCAUGGGGACUGCUCGUCUGCUUAAACUGCUGAGCUUGUUUAUGGGUAAUAUUGACUUUCAUCUGUUUGUAUCUCUGUUUCUGUUGCCGAGUAUCAUUUUAAACAUAAAAAAUAUAACAGAGUAAGCAUCAUCUUAAAAGGAUAAUACCAAACUUUCAGGAGCUUGUGAGAGUUUGGCCU